UUAUUUUGGGGGGGUCAGCUGUCGUCGUUUCCGUCAGCAGGACCCUCCUCUGUCCGUCCUCUGCCUCUCUCCGUCUCUCCUUCACCUCCUCUCCUUCACUCCGCUGAUCCUGAACCCCGGGCAUGGAGACGUCGGUGAAAGCAGCUGAAGUGUUGGCAGCCUUGCAGCCUGACGUGAACGCUAAAAACGCCAAAGGUGAGGCAACAGCGCCACCUGCGGCCUGCAGCGCCUCCGAACACUCGAACCCCAUGGAGGAGUUCACGAUCCGGCUGCGGGACAUCCUCAGCACCCAUGGCUCCGCAGCCGGCCUCCUGGACACACAGAGUCUGAUGGAGGUGGAGAAGAUGAAGAAGGAGCCAAAAGACGUCCCAGUUGCCAUUGAGACAGAGGUCUGUCUCAUCUUGAAGAGUCUGAACAAGCUCUCUUCUCCAGAGCAGAAACUGGAAGAUGUGGUCAGGAAGUACGCCGAAAUGGCAGCCCUGCGGCGGAGUGAUGAAAAGAAGAUGUGCGUGUUGCAGCAGCGGCUGUCCGUCCUGCUGGACGAGCGGCAGCAGCUGCAGGAGGAGAGUCGCAGUAGCAUCACCGCUCGCUGCAAACUGGAGACUCUGUGCAAAGAACUGCACGGACACUACGCUGUGCUGAGGGAGGAGAACCUUCAGCGCAGCAGGGAGGAUGAGGAGAAGAGGACGGAGAUCACCAAUCACUUCCAAAGCACGCUGACAGAAAUCCAGGCGCAGAUCGAGCAGCACAGCUCCCGAAACGACAAACUGUGCCAUGAAAAUAGCAGCCUGACUGACAAACUAGAGAGUCUCAUGAGCCAGUGUGAGAUGAGGGAGGAGAGUUUGGAAAAGAUCAACAAGCAUCGCGAGCUGCAGCAGAAACUGACUGAAGCUAAACUGAAACAGGCCAACGCUCUGCUGACCGAAGCCGAGGAAAAACACAAGAGGGAGAAGGAAUAUUUACUGGUUCAAGCUGCUGAGUGGAAACUGCAGACUCAGACACUCAGAGAACAGGGGACAAUGAUGCAGGCACAGCUGAAACUCUACGGUGAGAAGUUUGAUGAGUUUCAGGCGACGCUGGCAAAAAGCAACGAAAUCUACGUCCGCUUCAAGAAAGAGAUGGAUAAAAUGUCAGAAAAGAUGAAGAAAAUGGACAAAGAGUCAAAUCUGUGGAAGACCAGGUUUGAGAACUGCAACAAGGCUCUGACUGAGAUGAUGGAGGAGAGAACCAUGAAGAUGAAGGAGUACGACGUCUUCGUCCUGAAGAUUCAGAAGCUGGAGAGGUUGUGUAAUGCCCUACAAAGCGAGAGGGCAAUCCUCUAUGAAAAGAUCAAGGAAAUCCGCCAGACUAACUCCAACAUCCCAUCAAAGGUCUUUGGCGGCUCUAAAGUUGAUGAACUCCUCAACCCAGAGAAUCCUGACGAAUCUGCCAUGCUGACACCUGUGGAGCUCCAAGAGCUUAAGGAGCUACAAAAGGAGGACUCAGUCCUAACAGAGGGCAUGUCCCGUCUAAAGGAGGAGCAGGCCAAGCUGCAGGAGAUUGCAGCCAGCCUGUUGGCCAAACCGUGCGACAAUGAUGAAGAAGACAAUGAUGAUGUAGACACUGAAGAAGACUUGAUGUCGUCUGCAUUUGCCCAGUUCAAGACCAAAGCUCAGGUUAAAGAGGAGGCAGUUUCAGUCCCUCAGCAGGUGGCAGAUGUCAAACCAGAGGCAGAUGAAUUAGAUCUUCCACAGCCGGAUAAAGUUGAGGAGGUUCCUAAGCCAGCUAUGUCCACAACUGUGGAGAACACUUCUGAUAUGAUUCCAACAGACACAAAACCAGAAGCUGUAAAAGUUCAAACCCAGGUUGAGGAGAAAGAAGUGAAACCAGAUGAGGUGAUCCAGCAGAAACCUGCUGAACCGGUCCCGACAUCUGAGCCUGAGAAAGUGAAGAUUGAUCCACCAACAACCCCAAAACCAGAAGGAGCAGAGGCUGAAAUCUUGGUCAAAGCCGCUGAGGUCAACCCAGUGGUCCCAGUGGAAGACGAGAAGGUCCAGGCUAAACCAGUGAAAGUACCUGAGGAAGCACCAACCAAGUCAGAGUCAUCUCCACCCUCCAAAGACACACCUAAAGCAACUGCAUCCUCCAAUGCUGACUCCUCCAAAAAGCAAACACCAAAGAAAAAGAAGAAGAAGAAUGGAAAGAAUGCCAGCUAAAGUUGAGGAUGUGCAGAAGGUGUGUGUGUGUGUGUGUGGUGUUAUUUGGCUAGGUGUGUGUGUGUCGCAUAGAGGAAAUCCAACUGUGCCUUUGCACCUUUUUGUUUGUCCUGGUGCAGGCAGAAAGUGUUGCCACUGUCAUUUUCCCCAAGAUUCAAUGUAACCAGAUGUGGACAGA